AUGUCGUUACAAACAUUUGAACAGGCACUUGGUAAAAUCAUCGAUGGGAAAUAUGAUGAUGCAUAUUUGCUUCUCACGCAACUCAUUGUAGAAUGUGAUGCCGACGAUUAUUUGACCAAGUCGAAAUAUUUAUGUUAUAGGGCAGAGUGUUUGUUAAAAUUAAAAAUUUAUGAUGAUGCACUUGCUGAUUGUGUUCAGGCUUUGGUGUUGGAUGAAAAUAAUUUGUCGGCACAUUUACGAAAAGGUAUAUCAUUGUACAACUUAAACCGACUAGAUGAAGCUCUUCAUUGUUUUUCAUUUGGUCUUAGUAAAGAUGGUACAGAUGAACAAUUACGUGAAUGGUAUCAUAAAUGUGAAAAUGAAUUAAUUGCUCCACAAUCUUCACAACAAUCUAUUCCAUCGAUUAAUCAAAAUAAUGUCGUACGACAGGCUCAAGGACAAACCGUCGAUGGAUCAUCAACAACACCAUCGACAACACCAACGGCAACACCAUCGACAACACGAACACCAUUAGGUCAUGUUGGUAAGUUUGAUGAAAUACUUUUCUGGUUUUGUUAG